AUGAAGUUUCGGGCGAAGAUCGUGGACGCGGCCUGUCUGAACCACUUCACGCGAAUCAGUAACAUGAUGGCCAAACUUGCCAAAACCUGCACUCUCCGCAUCAACCCGGAUAAGCUGAACUUCAUCCUUUCAGAUAAGGUGGCCAACGGAGGGGUGAACAUGUGGUGUGAACUGGAACAGGAGAACUUCUUCAGUGAAUUUCAAAUGGAGGGUGUCUCAGCAGAAAACAAUGAGAUUUAUGUAGAGCUGACAUCGGAAAACUUAUCUCGAGCCUUGAAAACUGCCCAGAAUGCCAGAGCCUUGAAAAUGAAGCUAACUAAUAAGCACUUCCCCUGCCUUACAGUCUCUGUUGAACUGUUAUCUGUAUCAAACAGUAGUCGCAUUGUGACACAUGAUAUCCCCAUAAAGGUUAUUCCUAGAAAACUGUGGAAGGAUUUCCAAGAACCUACAGUCCCAGAUGCUGAUGUUAGUAUUUACUUACCAGUGUUGAAGACUAUGAAGAGUGUUGUGGAAAAAAUGAAAAACAUCAGCAAUCACCUUAUUAUUGAAGCAAACCUAAAUGGAGAAUUGAACUUGAAAAUAGAAACUGAAUUAGUGUGUGUUACAACUCAUUUUAAAGAUCUUGGAUGUCCCCCAUUAGCCUCUGAAAGUGUUUCUCAAGAUAGAAACCCAGAACAAAUGGCUGAAGUAUGCAUAGAUAUUAAGAAGCUUCUGCAGUUUCUUGCUGGACAACAAGUAAAUCCUACAAAGGCCUUAUGCAAUAUUGUGGAUAAAAGGAUUGUUCAUUUUGAUUUGCUUCAUGAAGAUGUGUCCCUUCAGUAUUUCAUUCCAGCAUUAUCAUAA